CCGCAUAAUACGACAACGUUAUAUAUUAGAGACGCAUUUUAUCUCUUCCGACUCUACUUUCUUUACAUCAUCGAGACAAAGCGAACAGGGAUGGAUCCAACCAGCAAUCCUGCCGAGCCCGCCGAAAGAGAAGUCCGUACCCUCCCGGCAGUGGACACCAGUCGUGAAGCAUGGUUAUACGUCUGUGCUGGCUUCUUGAUGGAGAUGCUGUUUUGGGGACCGAUGUCUACUUCUGCGGUAUACUUGAAAGAGUAUGCUUCUAUGCCCUUGUUUGCGGACGUGUCUGAAACACAAAUCUCUCUCGUCGGAACCCUAUCGCUACUGUUCGGCUGUAAGCACCAUCUGCCUCUUCACAUUUCUCAGGAGUAACAAGCUUACACAUCGGCUCAUCAGACAUUCUUUCUCUUCCUUUACUUUACUUCUACAACUUCUUUCCUCGAGCGAUGAAACCUUCUCUUUGGCUCGGGGUUGGCGUGUAUGUGGUAUCACUGAUGAUUGCGAGCUUCGUGAAAAGUAUGCCGUUGUUGGUCUUAUUCCAAGGCGUGGGGCCCGGUAUCGCUGCAGCUUUGACGGCUUCUCCUGUCAUCCGAUGGCUUCCCGAGUGGUUUGACAAACGGAAGGGAACUGCUGGGGGAAUCAUGUUCUGCGGCGGAGGCGUUGGUGGCAUGUACAUGCCCUUCCUGUUUGAAUACCUGAUUGCUAGGCUUGGAUAUCAAUGGUCCCUCCGCAUCACUGCCAUCUUUACAGCUGUCAUUGCCAGCAUUGCAGUAUAUUUUGCGAACCCGCGUAUUCCUAUAUCCACUCGCGCACAUAUCAAUCGUAUGCCCAUGCCUCCCUUCCUGUCCACUUUUGUUCGAUGGAGUUUCAUGGGGACCUUCGUCUGUACCGUCUUUCAAUCGUUCGGUUACUACAACGUUGGCUUGUUUCUACCCCGCUUUUCUGAUACGCUCAAAGGCGCGCAAGGUGCAGGGCUGCUGGCGGCCUUCAACGUCAGCUGUAUUGGCUCCGAAGUCAUCUGGGGACUUCUUACUGAUCGUAUGAAACCUCCGUCCGCCAUGGCCAUCUCCUCUUCUCUCGGCGCCCUCCUUGUGUUCACCCUCUGGGGUUUUGGCGGUAAUCAAGGUCUUCCUGUUCUGAUGCCAUUCGCUAUUUGCUUCGGUCUCGCCGCUGGCGGGUUCUGUUCGAUGUGGUUCCAAAACGCAGGGAACAUUGCUGGGCCCGAUAAAGAGCAGCAGAGUUUGCUGUCUGCCGGUUGGAGUAUUGCAAGAGGCGUGGGGGCAGUCGUCGGACCCACCAUCGGCUCUGCACUGUAUCGCACACCUUCUGUACCGGGUUCAAACCGCUGGGGCUCUGCUGGCUCCCCCGGACUCGUUGGCCUUGUAGCAGCGAGUCUGGCUGGCAGCGCGUUGGUGGUAUUGGUAUUCAGCUAUGCCGAGAACUUUGUAAAGUCUGUGAGACAGUACAAUAAUGGAAAGAUGGGACAGCGACGACCCACGAGUGAGUUCGGAGUCGAGCUCAACGAGAGAAGGUAGACCUUAGAAACGUCGUUUGUUUCCUUGCAUAAGGAUUGCCAUUCUUUCAGUACGCAUAUGCAUCUCAAACACGAUGGUGUUGCUCUUGCUGG